AUGAACCUAUGGCUUCUUGGCGGCAAUGAAGACGUGCGCGCGGUUCUUCUACUGAAAUGGAAGAAGAUUGGUUCGAUGAACAGGGUCACAGGAGACGCGGAGCUAUACGGCUUGGACGUUAAUGGACUGCCUGUUCUCGCGCAAUCGGAGACGAUCUUUCCCGCUCCGUUAGUUCAAGGCUCUCAGUAUAUCUCGCUGCCCCGUGUUGCUAUAUUUGGCUCCUACAUCCCGGAUGCGAAUUCGAAUGAUGUGCUUAGUCUGAGCAUCGAUGAUUUACGAAAAAUAGCCACACAAGCCCUGGCAUCUAUAAAUCUUGUUCCGGCUUGA